UAUCAUCGCAUUGUCAUUGAGUAAACUAUAAAUCUAACUGCUUUCCUGCAGUAAAGAUCAGUUUUACAUGGACUUCAGCCGUGCCGAUUUCUGGAUUGUUCAGUGUUUUCCAUCAUCUAUUGAUUUCCAGAUGAUGUGGAUCUAUGAGAUCUAAGGUUUACGCCGUAUUCCAUCUUGGUUGGACUGCAUUAAAAGGAGCUUCUGUAAGGCAUGGUCAGCAACAUCUGGUUCGUCACACCUCGGCGUCAUUCACUGUUGAUCUUCAACUAGUAUAUGACACUUGCUCCUAUAGACAACUUGAUUUUCCAAAGUCCUAUCCAAGUGGUACACUUUCAUUCAAAUUCAUAAGAGAAGCAGAACGAAUCCUUGGUCUGUUAGGGUCCUCUUCAAGGCCCAGUACUCUUUUGUCAAAGACAGCUUCAGGAAUGGAUGAUGAGAAAGCGUUCAUGGUCGACUAUGCCCGCCUUGGGACAUCAAAAUGCAAGCGAUGCAAGCAGGGGAUCGAGAAGAAGUCGCCCAGGAUUGCAAAACUCACGGCGAAUCCUUUCAGUGACGAUGGGGGCAUGAUGAAGAACUAUUUCCACAUCAACUGUAUGUUUGAGACGUUUGUCCGGGCGAGGGCGACGACAAAGAAAAUUGAGGAUCCAAGCGACUUGGACGGUUUUGAAAAGAUGGAGGACGAGGAGAAGAAAUUAAUCCGAAAGAACAUAGAAGAGCUAUUGUCCAGAGUCAAAACGCCCAAGAAAACGCCAACCAAGAAGAAAGGCACAGUUCAAGGUGUCCUUACAACAGGUGGACAAGUUGUAUCCCCAUCUAAACAUCCAAAACCAAGUACUAGCCAGCCCGCAUCCUCUCACCACACCUCAUCAACUUCCGCUGCAGCAUCCUCCUCUGCCACCCCGUCACCAACCCCCUCCAAAACCUCUUACCAAGGGGACGGCAGUGACCCCCAACAUCCAGACAAUUCAUUCCGAGAGUACCGCAAGCUCUGUGCCAAUAUUGCAGACCAGGCUGGCCACCAUGCGAAGACCAAAGUCGUCGCCGGGUUUCUAAAGAGUGGCUCUGAUGGACAAUCCUUUCAAGGUGAUACUUACCUUGUGCUGAAGCUGCUGCUUCCUGGUGUAGUGAAGAGAGUCUACAACAUCAACAGCAAACAGCUGGUCAAGCUUUUUAGUCAGAUAUUUGGGACAGACCUGGAUGACAUGGUGACAGACUUGGAACAAGGAGAUGUCUCCGAGACGGUGAGGAAGUUCUUUGUCGAGAGCAGCCAUCAGCCACCAAUCAAGAAAAGUGUCCUCACACUUUAUGAUGUGGACAAGUUUCUUGACAGCAUGACCACCGUGUCAAAGGAACUUGAUCAACAGAGGGAGCUUGCAAAGAUCACCAGGAAAUGUACAGCCAAUGACCUCAAGAUGGUGGUCCGUCUCCUCAAACAUGAUCUACGCAUCAACUCGGGGGCAAAGCACAUACUUGAUGCGUUAGACCCCAAUGCCUACGAAGCCUUUCAGGCAUCAAGAGAUCUGCUGGAUGUUGUCACCCGUGUCCUUGCCAAUCAGAAAGCCAGUAACGGUGUCCCUGGUAUGACCAAGAAGCUGAGUGUCAGGGCGGCUCUCAUGACACCGGUCUUGCCUAUGCUGGCGGAGGCGUGUAAAUCUGUUGAGAUGGGAAUGCGUAAGUGCCCUAACGGCAUGUAUGCCGAAAUCAAGUACGAUGGCGAGAGAGUACAGAUCCACAAGCAGGGAGAUAACUUCCAAUACUUCAGUCGAUCCUUGAAACCAGUCCUGCCUCACAAAGUGGCCCACAUCAAGGAUUGGAUCCCAAAGGCAUGUCCCCAUGGAAAUAGUCUUAUUCUCGACAGUGAGAUCUUGAUGGUAGACAAAGAUGGUAAGAUCCUCCCGUUUGGCACGCUGGGUAUCCACAAGAAAUCUGCCUUCCAGGAUGCCAAUGUUUGUCUCUUUGUCUUUGAUUGUCUGCAUUUCAAUGGAGAAGACCUAAUGGACAAACCCCUCAAGACAAGACGGAAGAUCCUGGAGGAGAACCUUGACGUGAUCCCCAACCGCAUCAUGCUUUCCGAGUCCAAGUAUGUCACCAAGUCCAGGCAGCUCUCUGGCCUCAUUGCCGACGUCAUCCAGGAAGGUCUUGAAGGUCUGGUUCUCAAGGAUGUCCGGAGUGUCUAUGAGCCAGGCAAACGCCACUGGCUCAAGGUGAAGAAGGACUACCUGAAGGAAGGAGCCAUGGCAGACUCGGCUGAUCUGUUGGUCCUUGGAGCGUUCUACGGCACUGGGACGAAAGGUGGGAUGAUGUCCAUCUUCCUGAUGGGUGUCUACGACCCAGCCUCAGAAUCGUUCCGUACGGUGACCAAGUGUGCCAAUGGCCUGGAUGACAAGACCAUGGACCAGGUCAACCGUGAUCUAGACAUGGUGAAGAUUAGCAAGGACAGCAGUAAGGUGCCCUCAUGGUUGCGGGUCAACAAGACCUUGGUGCCAGACUUUGUCAUCAAAGAUCCAAAGAAAGCUCCGGUUUGGGAGAUCAUCGGAGCCGAGUUCACUCAGUCAGAAACUCACACAGCGGGAGGCAUCUCCAUCAGGUUUCCCAGAGUGACUCGUUUCCGAGAUGACAAGGAUUUUGAGACGGCCACCGAUCUACCAAGACUUAGGACACUGUUCAAGAAGUCAAAAGAGAGUACUGAUGUGAGUGCAAUACUUGGAGUUGAAGCUUUACCAUCCAAGGUGUCUGCCAAGCGGAGGAAGGACGACGACGACGAAGAUGAUGAUGAGGAAGAGAUCACCGGAUUUAGCUUUGGGAAAGGAGGAGGUACUGGAGCCAGCACUUCGGGGAAAGGAGCCAGUCCAACCAAGAGGGCAGCAGACAGUCCAGCGAAGAAGGUGAAGACGGAGAACAGCAACAACAGCAAUUCACCAAGCCCGAGAAAGGACAAUGCUGAGUGCAAGUACGGGGCAGGUUGCUAUCAGAAAAGCAAGGAACAUCAAGAGAAAUUCAGACACACAAGCUCACCAUCAAAGCACAGUCCGUCAAAGGGUCUACCCAACGUAUUCACAGGCAUGGUCGUGUACAUUCCGGUAGAGGUGAAAGACAAUGAGAAGCUACAGCGAUAUGUGAUAGCCUACGAUGGGGAUGUCGUCGACAAAGCCUCUAAAUCCCAAGCCACUCAUGUCGUCAGGGAGAGCAAAGCAUCCGAGAAUGGUACCAGUUCUUCAGCAGCGAAUGUGACCUCAGACUGGCUUUGGCAGUGUAUCAGAAUGAAGAAACUAGUACCAAUGUAAAUGGACUCAUUGUGAUUAUGAUAUAACCUUGCUAGAUGAGGUCCCAAGACCAGUGUCAAGAUGUUGAAUGCCCAAAACCUCUACAGAGCUCCUAGUCAGUGCUUCGUAAUUGACAGUGUUGUAUGAGAACUAGUGCCUGGUGACCAGAAUUGGGAAGGAACAAGCUGAAGCACUCGUUGUUAUUAUGUACACCUUGCUUGAUGAGAACCUGAAACUGGAUGUAAGAUGCCGAUUCCUCUUAUAACAGGACUGGUACUUGAUGCAGUGAUGACUUGAUGCAUCAUUAUUAACAGUGCUAUGCUGUUAUACUGGUCAUUAGCAAGUGCUUGACAAUCAAUGUUUGGAACAAUUUUAGGCUGAUUACCUUCCUUUGGAGCAAAUUAUAACGGUAAUCUAUUCCACAGGGAAGCUGCUGGCAGUACGCUUUCAAUGUCAAAGGCUUGUUAACAGAUUGGAAGAGCCAUUGAUUAGAUUUAUUGUAAUGAUUUAUCUGGGUCAAAACUGAUCGGCCACGUGUUGAAGGCCGAGACAUACCUCGGGCCUGUUUAGGGUUGUUGUGCAUUGCCCAUGUGUUUUCAACGGUGGCAUUCCAAGAAACUUGUGAUCAAUUGCACGUCAUUAUUGCCCUCCAAAUCAAUCAGAAGUUAUUUGCAUUUAUACUGCUAUUUCGCUAUAGACUUAUUUGCUAUACAUUUAGCACAAAUUGAAUUACCAAUUGAAUGGAAUUGAAUUGAAUUGUGAAUGGAAUUUUUUUCAAAUUAAUGAAUAUUUGAUUUUGAUUUUAAUAAAGUAGGUGUACAAAUUACUCAAGGCAAUAAGAAAUCAAAUGGCACAUAAAUAAUUCAUAUUUUUAUGUCAUUUUCAUGGUGGCAUACAGCACUCAAUGAAGACCCCCUCUUUGAUGUGUGUGGUACAAACAGGUCAUCCUCAACAACAAAAUUUAACAUUUGCAAUUGAGUAUGAAUGCUGUUGGCAGACCAUCAAGUCUAUUAAAUGGUAUAGUGUAUGCUCAAGCAU